AGUUUAUUGGGGGUGCUCCCAGGGAGAAGGGGCGCAGGGCAGAUGCGUGCGGUUGUGCUGUGGGCCUCCUUUUGGGGGGUGGGGGGGUCAUGGCUGGGGGCUGCCAGGCUCCUCGGUCACGACCUCCAAGACCUUAACUUCCCUCUCCUCCACUGUCAUUCACAGCGCUGUUGGGUUUUGAUCCAGAUACAGAUGCUUUUAGACAGAUGGCUGCUGUAAACUUGGGUGAUUGUCUGGAAAACAACAGCUUUAAGGCAUGUGUGCAAGUGCCCCUUCGAACGUACGCUGUCAGACUUGGAAAGAAUUAGGAGUAAUUGCCCUUUGCGUGGCCGCUGGUGUUUUACAGUUCAUGAUGGGUGGACUCUGUCUAGGUGUCAUUCCAAGUUUUUAUUUUGUUGCUGGCAAACAUGGUAUAAUAGAUCACGUGUUUUCCCCUGCUUUUAUUAAAAAUGACAGUUAUGAGUUGUUUGGAUGAUCUGAAUUUAGUUGAGCAGGCUAAAACUAAAUUCCAGGUAUGCGCUCCAUUGUUGAGUUGAAAAUUCAAACAAGUAGUAGUCCAAAAACACUUACAAUGGGGAAUGUGCACUGUGCGGCUCAGAUAAGUCAUAUGUUAACCAGCAUUUCUGAUGAAGAGCUAAAACCCUGACGUGCAAGGGUGUCUCCAAAGAAAGAACCAUUGUUUGAGGAGGUUUCUGCUAAUUGGGGUGCAAAGGAUUAAGAAAUCCUGCAAUAAGCCGAUACGACUGGAAUGUAUUCUGAUGGUUUUUGGCAGGUCAGCUUGUUAGAAGUGGCUGGUGUUUUGUUUAGAUAAAGAGGAGAGGAACUUGGUGUUUGUAAUCCAUAACAUUAAUUUUUAGAGUGUUGACAUGAGAUAAAGCAAACGGUGAUAGAAUAUUCGAGUGAUGUAAAUACUAAUGGAAUUAUGUUAGGUAAUACAGCAUAAGUAUCUGGAGUUAGCUGUGGGAUUACAUGUGCAGUGUGGAGCUCAUUAAUGAAGGUGUAAAUUACCUUCCCUGAAUAAAGCUGUGCUGAAGUGGCUUUUCAGAGCUCUCCCCAAGGUGGCACCACGAGGCCUGCUGUGCCUUUUGUCUCCCAGUGAGCUGCCGUUGCGAAUGUGAAUGCUAGCCUUGUUAAGACUAGCUUUGCUUUUUGUGGCAAAGAAUAUGAGCUCAUGUUCUUUUGGAUUUGUGCAAACACAUGUCUCUAGAACAACUUUAUCUAUGCAUAUGUAGCAAAAGGCAUAUAAUGAAUUCACCAGGCUAGCAACUUGAAAUAAUUUUUAAAAAAUAGGGGUUUACUGAACAGGUAUCUUGGGGUAAAGGAGGUUUAGGAAUCAGUAAAUAUUCCACUCCCUUCCUGUAGUUCAUGGCUUGUGAGAGAGGAAAAUAUGCUGACCCCUUCAAAAGCAAAACUUUGACUAUCAGAAGAUGAAUGAUUUAAAAUUUAUUAUACAGUACAGCAAUGAGGCCCAGUGGACUUCCUUAAGUCGCUCUUGGUGCGGUGUUUUCCUCAUUCUGUAUCUUUUACUGAGCAAAACUGUCAGUAGCAGAAUACCUGUUGCAGAGCUCUGCAAUAGUAAGAGAGUAACAGGAGGUUACAUGGAGUUGCAGAAGUCAAACUGUAAGGAAGUCAGCAAUACUUUUUUGCAGGACUGUGGUAGUUUGGACGUGUGGCUCUGGAUGGUGGAAACUUUUUUGAUAGGAGUGUUUCUUGGGAUCUGUGUAAAGUGUUUCCAGGAGUUUUUGACUGGCAUCAGCCUUGAUUUGGCGAUAAAUUUCUACUUCCUGGGCAAAAUAGAGGCAAGUGGGCCAAAAAAGAAAGCUCAGACUAACUCAUUCUGGCUGCAUUCAGCUGAGAUCCUCUCUCCUGGAUGUGAAUUUUUGUUUCCUCAGGCUUCCAUGAUGUUUACCCAGUGCACCCAGAAGUGUGUGAGCUCCGUGCUCCUGAUUGUGCUGCUGUGCUGCAUCCUUCCUCCUCCAGCACAAGCCAGCAAGAGCUCAGAGGACAUCCGCUGCAAGUGCAUCUGUCCCCCGUACCGGAACAUCAGUGGGCACAUUUACAACAAGAAUGUGUCGCAGAAGGACUGCAACUGCCUGCAUGUUGUGGAGCCAAUGCCGGUGCCAGGGAAUGAUGUGGAGGCCUACUGCCUGCUGUGUGAAUGCAAGUAUGAGGAGCGCAGCACCACCACCAUCAAGGUGAUCAUCAUCAUUUACUUGUCUGUGGUGGGGGCACUGCUGCUUUACAUGGCUUUCCUUGUGCUGGUGGACCCCCUGAUCCGGAAGCCAGAUGCUUAUACCCAGCCCCUGCACAAUGAGGAGGAGAAUGAGGAUGCUCGCUCCUUGGCCCCAGCCCCCACCCCAUCUGGUGCUAGAGCCAACACAGUGCUGGAGAGGGUGGAGGGGGCCCAGCAGCGCUGGAAGCGCCAGGUGCAGGAGCAGAGGAAGACCGUUUUCGACCGCCACAAGAUGCUGAGCUAGAUCUUUGCUGAGCUAUGCGCCACCACUUCCCAAGAGACAAGGUAGCUCCGCUGGUCGAGACGGACAGCAAGUCAUCCUUCAGGACAUCCGUGGUGUUUGACUAAAAGCUCUAACCCUCUCUGAUUUACCGUCUUCAUAGAGAGAAGCAGACCAAAACGCUUGCCUCUGGUUUUGUCCCCUUGCCCUUUACCUCUUAGCCCAGAGGCUCCUUAACCCUUGCCUGGCUGAGAUCUGUGCCGAUCGUUAGCCCCGUGGCUGCAUGUAAAUGGUCGGUCAUAUGCAGUGCUGCUGCCCGGGUUCACCGGCUGACUCGAGUGGGGGCUGCAGCUCCAGCAUGCUGUGCUCGGCUGGACCCUGCGGGCACCACUUGCUGGGACUGAAGUCUCUGUCAGCCCACCCUCGCAUCAGAGACAGGGGUCUCAGUACAGAGUGUUGGAAGCUGGCUGAGUCUUUCUGAGACAAAAAUAGUGGGAUAAUUUUUAUGUGGGAUAAAUUAUGUGCCACUCCUCCAGGAUGAAGAAGCCUUCUCCAGUUCGCACCGAUGUUAAGCGGGUGUUGUGGUGAUGAAACAAGUGUAUUGCACUGGAAGGAAGAGGAGGGGGUUCCCUGCCCGUGGUCAGCUGCUGCUUGCACUUACCCUGGUGUAAACAGAGUGGAUUUCCACUCUCUUCAGUGGAAUCUGUCCAGAUUUACACCAGCAUAACCGAGAUUGCAGCUUGUUUCUGUGUAGGUGAAUAUCACAAAACUGAUCAGUACGUUCACAAGUAAAAGACCAACAACAGGUAAAAGGUUGAUUUAAGUUCAUAUCUUUUCCUGCUUUAGCAGUGGAUAAACAUACUGGGGAGAAAGCUUUCUGUUUGUACCCAUGCCAGUAAGCCUUGAUGCUCUCACAGUGUGCUCAGGAGCAUUUGUGUCCCAGAGGACGGGGGCAAAGGCUCUACUGGAGCACUGUAAACACUUGUCUCGGACUUGGGGCCCUGGAAAGGGGACACUUGUGCUACUCAAAACACUCCGAGAGCUCUGACUGUACUUGGGCUGUUUGGAGGAAACUGAGGUGAUUCUGCAAUGUGUAUAUUUAUAACGUCAGGAAAGUGCUGGAGUUUAUCAUGUAGCAUCUCUCUGUAUUAAAUGCAGACAAAGAUCU